AUGACUAGGAGGUCCAACAAGGACAACCUAGUUGAACAUCCAGAGAUAGACAAGCUUGAGAAGCAACUUAGGAAGCAAAAAGCCCAAGAGAUGGCCGACGAAGCAGCUCGCGCUCACGCCGCUGAAGUGGCGCGCGCUCAAGAAGAAGGAAGAGAUCCACCUCCUCCUCCUCCUAAUCCACAAGAUCCUGCUGGAGAUGUGAAUGCACAACCUCAAGCUGGAGCACCUACAAUCGGAGACUAUGACUCUGCCGAUGCUUUCUUCAUGGAUAGAAACCCUAUCCAUCCACCACUUCCUGCAAGGAAUGACUAUGAGAUCAAGCCUCAGAUCAUAGCAUUGGUUAGACAGAACCAAUUCAAUGGACUUCCAGCUGAGCACCCUCUUGAUCACAUAGAAAACUUUGAAGAAAUUUGCAGCACUACAAGAUCCAAUGGAGUCUCUGCUGACUACCUUAAGUGCAAGCUCUUUUCAUUCUCUCUUGGCGACAAAGCUUCAAGAUGGUUGAAGUCUCUGCCAGCUCACUCCAUUACCACUUGGGAUGAGUACAAGGCUUUCAUCAACCACUUCUACACCAAGCAAAGAUCAAUUUCUGUGAGGAACAAGAUCUCCAACUUUCGCCAAGCCAACAAUGAAUCUUUCUAUGAGGCGCUAGACCGAUUCAAGGAGUACAUUAGGGACUGCCCUAAUCAUGGUUUCAAUGAGGGAAACCUAUGGAACAUCUUCUAUCGUGGCAUAGACCACAAGUACAAGCUUUCAUUGGACACUGCAAGCAAUGGAAACUUCAUGACCAAGACUGUUGAUGAAGCUAAGGUUCUUAUUGAGAAUCUUGCAGCUAGUGAUUGUAACAACUGUCCUGAUUAUGACCGCUCAAGCCGCACCACUACUAGCUCCCCUGAUUCUUUUCAAAUGACUGAACUCAAGAACAUGAUGGCUCAAGUUCUUAAGGGACAGCUCAAGCAUAUCAAUGCAAUAGAAGGGAUGAGUGAUGCUAAUGAAGACCCAUCAAGAGAAUGCAUGGGAGAUUUCUCUAAUGAAGCCAAUGAAGAAGAUGUGAACUACAUUGGAAACUAUGGGAACAAGGGAUACAAUCCAAGCUAUCGCCCAAACCCCAACAUGUCUUAUAGAAACCCCAAUGUGGAGAAUCCUCAAGACCAAGUGUAUCCUCCAAGGUAUCCACAACAACAAAGACCUCCUUACCAAUCUCAAGGAAGUCAAUUUCAGCCAAGGCAAGGAUAUGAGCAGAGAUCAUCAUAUCCGCCCAAGGAGCCAUAUGCUUCUUCACCAAAUCAAGCUCCUCCAAACCAACAAGGUGGGAGAUUUGAAGGAAUCCUCCAACAGAUCAUGGAUGGCCAGAAGAGAAACACUAAAGAGAUGUAUGAGAAGAUGGACACUUUGUUCAGCAAUCUCAACACCAAGUAUGAUGCUGUUGCCACUCAUGUGAAGAAACUAGAGACUCAAGUCACUCAAACUAUGGAAGCUGUUAAGAGACAGGAAGCUGAAUCCAAGAAGUCCUUUUGCAACUCAGCCGCCAUAGAAGAAAGAUUUGAAGACCAAGUUCCAGAAUGGAUGCUUUCAAAACCUACUGUUGAUUGCAUGAUUUGGCCUGAAGAGAAUUACCCAGAGAGAGAGUCCAAUCGAGCUAGAAAGAGAAGACUCUUCCCAAAGAUUAUCCCCAAGACAGAUAACUCAGGAAAGUUUGUGUGCCUUGUAUCAUCAAAGAUUGGAAAUUGCUCUAUCCCUACUGAUUUCCAGAUUGUGGAAAUGAGAGAGAGUAGCCAUAGACCUCUCAUAUUUGGAACCCCUUUCCUGUCUACUGUGGGUGCCAUAUUUGAUUUCCCCAAUCAAAGAAUCUCUUUCAACAAGGUGAACAAGGGUAUGUUCUUCCCUAUGUGUUCAACAAAGAACUCUUUUGUUGACAUGGUCCAAGAGGAGAAAGUUACUUUGAAGCCACCCCAAGAAGGAGAAACUGAAGAAACAAUCAAGGAAGAUCCCAUUCCUAAGCCCAAGCAGCUUGCCAAACAAGCAAGGAGUAAGACUAAGGCCCCUACACCAAAACCGCCCAAGGGAUCAACCAAGAUUGAAGAUGAGGCCAAGCCAAGAAGAAGGUUAGAAAGCCUAGGCAGUAGUGCCAAGGGACAUUCAUGGAGAGAUUGUCUAUCCAGCUGUGAAUCACCCACCAGAUACUCAUUGCAAGGAGAAAAGACUUGGAGGAUCAAAGAUGCCUCUUGUCUCCAUCUUCUCCUGAGCGCCAAGCCUUACAGUCAAGCUAAAGACUUAAAACAAGCGCUGCAUGGGAGGCAACCCAUGAGGAUAGAAGGAGAAAAAGGUGUGAAAACACAAUCCGCGCCAAACAUUGGCCGCGGACGCGCAAAAAUUUUGGCCGAGCAAUUUCCAACCGGGCCGACCGUUACGGUCGAGCCGGGAAGGAACGGCUUGCUCGGCCGGAUUGAUCUAUCGCGACAAAACCGUUCGCGCGGCACGCACGAACCGGGAAAGAAAGGCCGCGAUCGGCCGAAUUUCGUAUCGGAACGGACCGACCGUGCCGGUCGAUCCGGGAAACAAACGAUCGGCCUCGGCCGAAAUUCUCGUCCAUUCGAAUUUGGCCGACCAAAUCGCUCGACCGCGACAAAUCCAUCGGCCAUCGGCCCAAAACUUUUCUCGGCCAAGGUAAGUCCCCUUUUCAUUUAA